GCAAGAGAUGAUAGGGAGCUCAGUGUAGAGACGGGCAUCAAGAGCCAGGCUUUGCGUUACCUGGGUUUGAUUGGCGAAGGGGUCUGCCGGGUGUUUGUGCCGGCUGAAAGCGCAUGCCCGCCGUUGAGGCUGUACAUGACAGGUUGGGAUCACAAUGGGCGCGGCAAACCAAGACCUCUUGGAAAGCCGGACAAGGUGUUUGCGCUGGCAGAGACGGUGUGGUGGAACAUGGUUGGCGAGCUAAGCUGCACGUGCGACCGGGGAAGACUGACGCAUAAUGCGCCAUGUGUUCACAAGUUUGCAAUGGCCGCACUCAGCGAGAGCUGGAUCCAGGGGGCGGAGCUGCCAACACGGCAGAUGCUGGGGCAGGGAGCGACUCGAGCAGACGGGCUGGAAGCAUGCAAUGGGGAGCAAGGGGAAGAAGCGCUCACGGAGGAGCAGCGCUAUCUCUUGGGUCUUCUGGCAAGACAGCCACACACGGCGGCAGCCUGUGUCGGAAGCUCGUGCUUCUGUCGCAAGCAUGCCUCCCUCUUUGAUGAAGCGCGGCCGCCGUCGGAGGCAAGGGAGGUGGUAGCUGCGGCAAGCGAGGGGGCAACAAGUGGCGUCACCAUGAAGCAACCUGCUCGCAAGCGAGUACGCAGAUCGAAGGCGUUCUGGAAGGAGGAAGCAAAGGCGCCAAUGCGCAGCCGCCCCUCAGAGUCGCCCAAACCUUCCCCAGAUGCUCGGGGGAAGGAUGCGAUCCACGGCUGGGUGACUACAUGCUCGAGCUGUACGCUGGAGUCGGUAGCAUUCAGGGGGGGGUGUAACCAUGGGGAGGAGGAGCGCAUUAUGUCUCCCGUGAUGCUGAUUGGCACCGAAGCGGUCCAGUUGACGAAACCAAAGCUUGCAAGGCUCAGUGAUGCGCCGAACUUCCAUGACCCAUGGGUCACUAUCCUCCGAGGGGGGCCGGUUCGGGUCAGCAGGCUGAGGGACUGUCAUUUUGCGGAGCUGUCGGAUCUGGGCAUGCUGAGCGCGCCAUGCCCACUCGAGCCCCCUCCCUGCGGCGGAUCCUGGGUUGAAGAUUGGGUGGAAGCCUCAGUGACCGCUUCGCAAUGGAGCCAGCGGGUUCGAGUGCGCCUCUAUCAUUGUACUUGCCUCGACCAGGCGCACACCAUCCAUCUCGACGGAGAGGCUCUUGGCCUCUACACGUGGAACCGGAAGACCCUCUUUGUUCAAGAGAGCCUGCAGCUGCUUCUGCGUGGCAUGCAGCACGGGCACUCGUUCAAGGCGGAGUUGGCCACCAAUCAGGCGGCGUUUCAGCGGUGCCCGGAGGCGGAGGUCUUGAGCGAAGAGACGUGGCGCCGCGCGAGUUUGGACUUCUUCAAAUUGCUCGGUUUGGGCAUCCGAUGA